UUAGGAGCCUCACAAAUCACAAGUUCUGGACCCAGGGUCAUGCAGUGAGGAUAGUGCUUCGAUCAUAUAUCCAGCGGUCAUGAAUUCCUACUUUGCGACCCCAUUCUUGCCGCAAUACCCACCAGAAAGCCAUUAUGUCUCGAAUGGAUAUGGCUCCAGUACGGCACCUAACUAUGGACUUUAUUCUCCACGGUUUCCAGACCACAUCCCUGGAUACCAAACAACAAGUUCUGGAUACGGCAGUGUUGUGUGUGGAUCCGGCUCAUCCGGUCAUCCGUCCGGUGUGUCCAGUAUAUCGGAAUCAUGUGCGUCGCCGUACAGUUCCUACCAUGUUCAGAAGUCGUCCAGUAUUCUGCAUACGUCACCGUAUUCCGGCGUGAGCCCCGGGACCGGCCACCACGGGAACCUAGGGUCCCCGAAUGAUCUCACAGUGACCCCGGGGUACCCGAUCACCCCGGCGCAUUCCCACAGCUCGUCGAUUCACCACACGUCACUUGGGCAUGAUAAGUAUAAUAACAACAACAACAACAAACUUUCAUCGUCGUCGUCGUCGUCGUACGGACUACACCCGGGGGUUCACCACGGCGGGGGUACCACCACCGGUGGGGGGGUCAACCCCAACGUCAACGCCAACGCUGGACUCACGGGCGCGGAUACGCCCCCACUGAUCACCGCUCACACUCAGCACCACCACUCGCUCAACCACCACAACCCACACCACAGCACGCACCACCACACACCGCAGCCACACACCCACACACCCACCAGCGCCAACAGCACGAACAGCUCAAACAGCCUGCAUCACAGCACACAAAACAGCACAGUCAACAGCACGCCCAACACCGCCAACAGCUCAGCCCAACGCCAUCCAAACAACUUUCUCAACGGGUACGGCUCCAACCUCGAGUGGCCCACCCACACCCACAUAUCCACACCGUCCCCCACACGGAGCCAACACAGCCCCUUCGGGAGCCCGGGGGAGCCCAAUGCUCUCAGCUCGUGCUCUCUGAGCCCUAAGGCAGGGAGCGACGAUUUAAGUACUCAAACACAACAAGCGAAUGGAUCAUCCAAUUCAUCACCAGAACAGCCCGCCCCCUUCUAUCCUUGGAUGGGAAUUGUCGGUCCAAACUCUGCUCAACGACGCCGCGGCCGGCAGACGUACAGCCGGUACCAAACCCUGGAGCUGGAGAAGGAGUUCCAGUUCAACCACUACCUGACCCGCAAGAGGCGCAUCGAGAUCGCGCACUCGCUGUGUCUGACGGAGCGGCAGAUCAAAAUCUGGUUCCAGAACCGCCGGAUGAAGCUGAAGAAGGAGAAGCUGGCCAUCCAGGAGCUCAACAGCAACUGCAAGUCAGAGUUCAAGGACGAAGAUGACCUCAGCGACGACGGAGACUGCAGAUAAAGAAACAAUCUGUUCCCAGCGAUAGCCUGGGUUAUGAAUACCAACAUGGUUUUGAAAGCGUUCCUUGAAUACGCAUGUGCAAACGGAUUUUCAGUAUAUCAAAAUACAAUGCAAGUCAGAUUUCAAGGACUAAAAAAAAUGACUUAAGCGAUGACGAGAAUUUAUAAAUAUUAAAAUGACUUAACAAAUAUAAGUUAAACAUGUGUAGUUAACAUGAGAAUACGGACUGGAAAACGUGGUCUAGAAAACGUGGUCUGGAAAAUAUGGUCUGGAAAACGUGGUCUGGAAAAUAUGGUCUGGAAAAACGUGGUCUGGAAAAGACAAAAGCUUUGAGGCGCCGUGAUAUCUCGUUCUGAGAAGCCACAGAAUCACUUCUGGAAGUGUCCAAUGUUGUUCCUGCUCAACGCCGCGAUGAAUUGAUGUCAGUUAUAUAUUGUCAACUUAUCUUUAUCACACAUCUGGAUGUCAUCUCACACAUCUUGAUGUUUCAUCAGCUCUAGACGAAUAUACAUCUUGUAUAUAAGUAUAUAUAUAAAUAUUGUCUUGUAUAUAAUGCACAUGAUUGGGAGUAAUGAGGCGGUCACGUGAUGGCCGUGUGUACGAGGGUAGGUGUGACACACCAGGUGUCCACGUGACAUUUUAAAUAAAUGGCUCUCUGUUUUUAUAGAUCUCAUUGGUUUCACCUCUAGGUGUAUGGCAUCAACACACUGUGUAGUUCGUGUCACUGGUUGUAUAGUUUGUCAAGUCAUUGAUACAGGAUGUUUCUGUGUUUCACUGUGAAGGUGUUGACAAAGUGUGUAGUGUUGGGGUUGUCAAAGUGUGUAGUGUUGGGGUUGUCAAGGUGUGUAGUGUUGGGGUUGACAUGGUGUGUAGUGGUGCAUCGGUACCCAGAGAUGUGUAGCUGUUGUUAUGAGUGUGUUUACAACGUACUCAGCUUUGUUCUCUGGAAUUAGGACAUGUUUAUGAUUGCAGCACACCUAGACAACUUAUACGCCACAAACAUACUCAAAGUACUGAAACCUUACAUUACUUACAAUUGUCAUAAUAUUACAAAAUAAAAACAAAAAAGGAAUUUUCAUAAACACAAUUGUCUACAAGAAUAUUUAUAAACAUAUUUAUAUGAAAUAGUAGGGUCUAACUCACACUUAGUAUACCAAUGGUAGGAGACUGGUUCAGACCCGUGACUAAUGGUGAGACAAUAUGGUGAGACUGAUGGUGAGACGCUCGGGUUCUGACAGGCUAAACGGUGACCGGAAACAGGUCGCCAGGUCUAACGUAUGCAUCUCACCACCACAGGGCUGGAUGAAUGCGUUCGUUCGGAAGUGACGUGUGUUCCGUUGUUGAUGUCGUCUGUUGUGGCGUCUGCUAGAGGUUCUCACGUUUGUUUAUGAUGUUAUGGUAUACAACCAAAUGUGCUGCGUGUUAUAUGUCCACAUAUGACCACUAAUCUACUUAGUUUUGUCAGGGUUAUACUUUUGUCUCAACCGCGCCGUGCAGUGUCUGUGUUCUGUUUCGGAACAGUAAAGUAUUGUUGAUAUUUGGCUUAUAUGAACAGUAAAGUAUUGUUGAUAUUUGGCUUAUAUGAACAGUAAAGUAUUGUUGAUAUUUGGCUUAUAUGAACAGUAAAGUAUUGUUGAUAUUUGGCUUAUAUGAACAGUAAAGUAUUGUUGAUAUUUGGCUUAUAUGAACAGUGAAGUAUUGUUGAUAUUUGGCUUAUAUGAACAGUAAAGUAUUGUUGAUAUUUGGCUUAUAUGAAAAGUAAAGUAUUGUUGAUAUUUGGCUUAUAUGAACAGUGAAGUAUUGUUGAUAUUUGGCUUAUAUGAACAGUAAAGUAUUGUUGAUAUUUGGCUUGUAUGAACAGUGAAGUAUUGUUGAUAUUUGGCUUAUAUGAACAGUAAAGUAUUGUUGAUAUUUGGCUUAUAUGAACAGUAAAUUAUUGUUGAUAUUUGGCUUAAAUGAACAGUAAAGUAUUGUUGAUAUUUGGCUUAAAUGAACGUUGAAGUAUUGUUGAUAUUUGGCUUAAAUGAACGUUGAAAAACGUAUACAUCCUAUGUAAUGUAAUAAGUGUUUUGAUACAUCUUUGCUGAGUAUAAAACUAAUUAUAGUAGGCCUUAUGAAAUAACUUACUGAUACACUUAAUGUAAUUGUAGCAUUACUAAUUAAUUAAUGAAUACACAUAUUUCAAACUUAGUUCCAGUCUAUUCGUGUAAAAAAAAACGUCAAACCUAAUUAUCUCAUUAGAUGUCCUUUGUUUUAAUUAGGCAAAAUUUUGUUUCGGACAACUAAAAUAGGUUUGUAAAAUACUUGUUUUCAUACUAGUUUUUCUAACUUCUUUUUCUGUCUAUAAGCCUAGCUGAUUUUAUAGUUUCCAUAUUGAAUAUAAUUUUUUAGCAUCUGAAAAACUCAUCAUCAUUAGAUGAAGUACAAUUUGUGAAUUUAAGUUUGAUUAAUUAAUUAAAUCAAUUUCAAGUGGCAUUCUUAUUUCUUUAUGUAACAGGUAUUUUAAAUGAAAAUUUUAUAAUAUUUGAAUAGAUUUUAAAUUUUAUUUAUUUCGCUGUUUUUGUUGAGUGUAAAGAUACGUGUUAUUUUUAUAAUUUAGUUAAAAAAAUGAGAUUAUAAAUGUUGUGUUUUGAUUGUACUUAAAUAAAGAUAUCAUUCUGUGUCCAUUUCAGAACAAUAUUCACAGUUAAUGUUGCUUUAAAAUUUUAACAGUAACCUGAGGUUAUAUUGAAAAAAAACUGGAUAAUUGAAGGUUUAAAAUAUUCUAGAGAUUUUGGACGAAUUCUUUGUAGCGCUUAAUAGAUCUUGUUUUGAAAUUAAAUUUGUUUAAGGGUUAUGAAAGUAAAAAUUAUAGAAUAGGAUGUUUUCAACAGUGGAAGUAAUUUUAAUUAUUGUUUUAUUGUGAAGAAAUUCUUCGAUCAUUGAACUAAUAUCCUGGUACAAAAUCUUCUUCAGUUGUUCACAUUGGUCAAAAUGUGUUAAUGUAUAAUUCAAUUACUUACAAUAUUCUACCAAAGUAACAGUGAUCCAUGUUUUUCAGUAACAUUAUACAACUUGGAUCAUCGCAGCCAAAUUUACUAGCUUUUAUUUUAUUUGGAGGAUUUAAGUUAUAAUUGUUUCCUUCCUAACACUUACAAGAUACUUCAUGUUUUAUUUAUUGUUAUUUUGUUUUUACUGGAUAUUUUUUUUUGUUUCUAUCACCGAGCCCGCAUACGCUUACAACAGCACUGCCUAUUGCAUUGUGACCGUCUACUAUUGUGCAUCUGCCUACUGUAUUACGACCACUUAUUAUGGAACGACACCCUACUAUAUUGUAACAUUCUACUACAGUGAGACACCCUACUAAAGUGUAACUUUCUACUGCAGUAAGACAGCCUACUAUAUAUUGUAACUUUCUAAUGCAGUGAGUCACUCUACUAUAUUGUUACACUCUACUGCAGUGAGUCAUCCUACUAUAUUGUAACAUUCUACUGCAGUGAGACAACCUACUAUAUUGUAACAUUCUACUGCAUUGAGACAUCCUACUUACUGGUAACAUUCUACUGCAGUGAGACAGCCUACUAUAUUGUAACAUUCUACUGCAGUGAGAUACCCUACUAUAUUGUAACAUUCUACUGCAGUGAGACAACCUACUAUAUUGUUACACUCUACUGCAGUGAGACAGCCUACUAUAUUGUAACAUUCUACUGCAGUGAGACACCCUACUAAAGUGUAACUUUCUACUGCAGUAAGACAGCCUACUAUAUAUUGUAACUUUCUAAUGCAGUGAGUCACUCUACUAUAUUGUUACACUCUACUGCAGUGAGACAUCCUACUAUAUUGUAACAUUCUACUGCAGUGAGACAACCUACUAUAUUGUAACAUUCUACUACAGUGAGACACCCUACUUUAUUGUAACAUUCUACUAAAUUGCGACACCCUACUUUAUUGUAACAUUCUACUAAAUUGCGACACCCUACCGUACUACGUCUAACUACUACACUACGACAACGUACUAUUAAGACAAGACAUUACGCUUCAACAUUGAUGAAUAUUUUCUGUUUGUUCAACUAAUUUAUGUAAGAACUUUAUUGAGAAAAAAAAUCAAUCUAUUUUAUAUUGUGUGAUGAAUUUAUGUUUAACUUAAUGCUAAAUAAAUAUGUUCGUGUUUGUGUAUAAAAUUAUAUUUAUCAUUUUUUGUGUUUUCAUUUGUUUUUAUAUGAUCAUAAUGUACAUGCAGGUUCCUAUUAUUAAAAAAAACUUACACUUGAUUAGCCAUUGUUUAGAUGGUACGUAUAAAUUACCUGUACUAGUCCCAUGCCUCCAGGAAAUAAAAAAAAAUGU